UAAAAAUAAAUCAGAAUCUGAUUUGACCUUUGACCGGCCUGUGCCUAUAGGCCUACAGUAGACAGUCAUCGAGGCAUUCAUCAACAAUAAGUCAUCUGUAGGCCCGGGCCUAGUAGUAGUAAUGUAGUCAACAGUGUCGUCAGUUUGUCAUCGAUGCGUGAAAAUAAGGUCAGCCCCAGGGUAUAUAUUCAGAUGAUAAUAGCCUAGCAGUCAGCCUACUAAACUGUUGUAGCCCUACUGCAGGCCUUUUCCUGUUCUACCAGUCACCAGUCAGUCGACGAUCUACUUCACGUUCUGUUGCUUGUAGGUGGUGUGGUGACAAUUGAAUAAAUUAUUAACUUUUCUAGAUUAGCCUAUUAUUUCCUGAGUUGUUGUGCACUUAGAAGGCCUUGCUUUGCCGUAUCGUACCAAUAAAGAUCUGGCCUAGCGCCUUAUACACUAGCCUGUCAUUUAAGGUGACAUACAUACCAAACUGACCAGAGAUGGACGCGAAUACGUCUAAACCGCUCCUGCUGAACCUGAGGGCGAUGUUCUACCUCGUCCUGCCCUCUGAAUCAUCAUAUGAAAAACUGGAGCAAGUUCCGAACUUUGUUGAUGAGGCGUUCCCGUACUUCACCUGUAUGGUUCUACUGGAGGCUGUGGUGUUGAGGCUGCAGGGAAAGGACUGGCCUCGCAUCAAUGACGGCAUUAACAGCAUGACGCAUGGAGUACUCUCACUGCUGCACUCGCUGUUGUUUCGCUCGAUUGAGCUGCUGAUCUAUGUGUGGAUCUAUGACAACUACCACCUGAUAGAUCUUCCAUGGGACAGCGGAGUCACAUGGUUCGUGGCGUUCGUCCUCUUUGACUUCUUCUACUACUGGUUCCACCGAUUCAGCCACGAGAGCAACAUCAUCUGGGCAUCUCAUCAAGUUCACCACAGCUCGGAGGAUUACAACCUCACCACAGCCCUCCGACAGUCUCUCAUGCAGAAGUAUUACAGUAUGUGUGUGUACUUCCCAAUGGCACUGAUCGUCCCCCCGUCGGCCUACUACGUGCACCAACAGUUUAACCUGCUCUACCAGUUCUGGAUCCACACCGAGGUGGUCCACUCCAUUGGUCCGCUGGAGUACAUCCUGAAUACAGCCAGCCACCACCGUGUACACCACGGUCGUAACCCUUACUGCAUCGACAAGAAUUAUGGUGGGACCCUCAUUGUCUGGGACAGGAUGUUCAACACAUUUCAAGCAGAAGGAGAGAAAGUGAUCUAUGGACUUGUUCAUCCAAACCAGUUCUGGGACCCGCUUUAUGGCCAGCCUUGGGUGUGUGGCCUUCAUCAUCUUUUCCCUGACGUCCUUCGGAGCCCUGUUUGACCACAAGCGCUGGAGUUGUGCCGCUGAGUGUCUCAGAUGUGCCAUCGUUGUCGGACUACUGCUCUACGUGCGAGGACCAAUCGAAUUUGAGCCGACUCUCGUCUCCGGCACAUUUGUGUUCUUCCUGCUGUCAGCCAUUUUAUGGGGAGUGCUGACGGUGCUGCAGUACAAGUUCUACGUGGUGACGAAGAAAGUGGAUUGAGGAAAUGUGAGGCAUCGUGGUGAAAUCAGGCGCUCGUCAAAAUAAUGAGAUCAAAUAAAUUGGCAUUAUAUUUACCGUU